AUGAAUACUGCAAUUGCUGGACACACUAAAGAGAAAAGUUGGAAAGUUGUUAUCAUGAAUACUGCAAUUGCUAGACACACUAAAGAGAAAAGUUGGAAAGUUGUUAUCAUGAAUAUUGCAAUUGCUGAUAAUAUAUAUGGUAUAUGGCAACAUAUAAAUGAUAUCUGUUUUGAUAAGAACAUAGAUAAAGCGAAUGUAGUUAGCAAAAUUAUAGAAAAUAUAGUGUAUAGAGGAUGUAUGCGGCCUAAGCUAAGAGAUCAUAUUGCAAAGCUGAUGAUGUAG